CAUCAGAAAACACAUCAGAAGAUGCUACAGCUGAGAUCUAGGUGAGCAUCUGUGAGGAUGGUCAUGUACUCAGUCCUGUGUGAAAAAACUGAACUCCAGGUUGCAGUCUUAAAGCUCUUGAUACAAUCCUGCCAACUUUAAACAGUCAACGAUUGCACACAAUGGACCACAAUCAUUCCAAGUUGGAUAAUGAAACCCUGGCCAUGCUUAGGAACCCAACUGUCAUGAGCACAUUGCCACUUUUGUACUUACUGGUGGUUUUAAUCAGCAUCCCUGGGAAUGUUUUCUCCAUUUGGAUUUUCUUCUUUCACAUCAAGCCCAAAACACCUUCCGUCAUCUUCAUGAUUAACCUUAGUAUCACAGAUCUAGCACUGGCUUGCUGUCUUCCCUUACAAAUUGCCUAUCAUCUCAAUGGGAACAAUUGGGUGUAUAGCAACAACUUGUGUAGUGCUGUAACGGUGAUGUUUUAUGCAAACAUGUAUUCCUCAAUACUUACAAUGACCAGCAUCAGCUUGGAGCGCUACUUGGGAGUGGUGUACCCAAUGAAGCUAAUCAAAUGGAGAAGAAAGAGAUAUGCAGUAGUAGGCUGCUUGGUAAUGUGGGCUUCCCUACUAUUAGCCCUGUUUCCACUUGCAAAGACAGACCUGACUUAUAAAGUGAAAGAACUAAAUAUCACAACUUGCUUUGAUGUCCUCAAGUGGAGCAUGCUUCCUAGUCGACUGGCAUGGGCAGUUUUCCUCCUAUCACUCUUCUUUCUCUUCUUCCUGAUCCCGUUCACAGUGACAGUGGCUUGCUACAUUGGCAUUAUUCGGAAGCUUGUUCAGGCAUCUUCUAGAUACGGCAAUGGGCAGAAGACACGGUCAAUCUACUUGGCUGUAAUUGUCCUCUUGGUUUUCAUCACUUGCUUUGCCCCCAACAACUUUGUACUGCUUGUUCACAUGAUCUGCCGCCUCUACAUGGACAAGAGUUUCUACCACAUUUACAAACUCACCUUGGGGCUCAGCUGCCUCAACAACUGCAUAGAUCCAUUCAUUUACUAUUUUGCAUCCAAAGAGUUUUACCAGACAUUCAUGCAGGUAAUGGGCAAGAAGGUGCUGCUGAGUGACAGUGCAGAGGUCAGGAGAGAUAGUGUGUUUUCAGUCAAUGGCAGGACAAUGUCAGCAAGAUCCAUGUCAAGUGGCCCUGGGGAAGCAUUGGCUAUUACUAAACCAUUUUUGCAAAGGAAUGAAAGUGUUUUUUAACACCAGUGUUCAAGUGUGAGGAAGGUGCCCUCUUUCUAAGACUUUCUAAAAUAUCAGUAGCCACAAGACAGUAUAAAUACCGCAAACAGCAUUUCAUUCUGCUCACUAAAAAUGAAAGUUCGCAUUACUGGGAUCAUAAUGUGCUAGCAAAGGCAUCCCCAAAAUGAGUUCUCUCCGAGUCCCUUGUAAUAUGGAGUAACAAUUAGCCCACAAGAUGGCCUCAUCAUAUGACAUCAUACAUGACAUGGGAAAAAAGUUAAUAUGAAUUUCCAGGUAUUGUGAGACAGAUCAAUAAAAUGUUACUAUUUUGUGGCA